GAGUGGAAAUGAAGAAAAGAUGAUGUCUCUUCUUACACCAUUAAAUGUUAACUGUCAUGCAAGUGAUGGCAGAAAGUCUACUCCUUUACAUUUAGCAGCUGGGUAUAACCGUGUAAAAAUAGUACAGCUCUUACUGCAACAUGGGGCUGACGUACAUGCUAAGGAUAAGGGAGAUUUGGUGCCACUUCACAAUGCCUGUUCCUAUGGUCAUUAUGAAGUAACAGAGCUUCUAGUAAAGCAUGGAGCAUGUGUGAAUGCAAUGGAUCUGUGGCAAUUCACCCCUCUGCAUGAAGCAGCUUCUAAGAACAGGGUGGAAGUAUGUUCUCUUCUGUUAAGUUAUGGUGCUGACCCAACACUGUUGAACUGUCACAACAAAAGCACCAUUGAUUUGGCUCCAACACCCCAAUUAAAAGAACGGUUAGCAUAUGAAUUCAAAGGUCACUCAUUGCUACAGGCUGCGAGAGAAUCAGAUGUAGCUCGUAUAAAGAAACAUCUUUCUUUGGAGACAGUGAACUUCAAGCAUCCUCAAACACAUGAAACAGCAUUGCACUGUGCUGCUGCAUCUCCAUAUCCUAAGAGAAAACAAGUAUGUGAAUUGCUGCUGAGGAAAGGAGCCAACAUCAAUGAAAAAACAAAAGACUUCUUGACUCCUCUGCAUGUGGCAUCAGAAAAGGCUCAUAAUGAUGUUGUUGAAGUAGUUGUGAAACAUGAAGCUAAGGUUAAUGCGUUAGAUAAUCUUGGCCAGACCUCUCUUCAUAGAGCAGCACAUUGUGGUCAUCUUCAGACGUGCAGGUUGCUGUUGAGUUCUGGGUGUGAUCCUUCCAUUGUGUCUCUGCAGGGCUUUACAGCCUUACAAAUGGGGACUGAAAGUGUGCAACAACUACUACAAGAAGGUAUCCCAUUAGGUAAUUCCGAUGCAGAUCGACAGUUGCUGGAGGCUGCAAAGGCUGGAGAUGUGGAUACUGUAAAAAAACUAUGUACGGUUCAAAGUGUGAACUGCAGAGAUAUAGAAGGACGUCAGUCUACACCACUUCAUUUUGCAGCUGGAUAUAAUAGGGUAUCUGUUGUUGAGUAUCUUCUUCAGCAUGGAGCUGACGUGCAUGCGAAAGAUAAGGGAGGACUCGUCCCGUUACAUAAUGCUUGCUCAUAUGGUCACUAUGAAGUUGCAGAACUGCUGGUUAAACAUGGUGCAGUUGUCAAUGUAGCUGACUUGUGGAAAUUCACUCCCUUGCAUGAAGCUGCAGCAAAAGGAAAAUAUGAGAUUUGCAAACUCCUGUUACAGCAUGGAGCUGACCCUACGAAGAAAAACAGAGAUGGAAAUACUCCUCUAGACCUUGUUAAAGAUGGUGAUACUGAUAUUCAAGACCUCCUUAGAGGAGAUGCAGCUCUACUAGAUGCUGCAAAAAAAGGUUGUUUGGCCCGAGUAAAAAAGCUGUGUUCACCUGACAAUGUCAACUGUCGGGACACGCAAGGACGGCAUUCAACACCACUACAUUUAGCAGCUGGUUACAACAAUUUGGAGGUUGCAGAGUACCUGUUACAGCAUGGAGCAGAUGUGAAUGCACAGGAUAAAGGAGGUUUGAUUCCUCUGCAUAAUGCAGCAUCUUAUGGGCAUGUUGAUGUAGCAGCUUUACUUAUAAAAUAUAACGCAUGUGUGAAUGCUACAGACAAAUGGGCUUUCACACCUCUGCAUGAAGCAGCCCAGAAAGGAAGGACACAGCUUUGUGCCUUGUUACUGGCACACGGGGCUGAUCCUACCCUGAAAAACCAAGAAGGACAAACGCCAUUGGACCUGGUUACUGCAGAUGAUGUCAGCGCAUUAUUGACAGCGGCAAUGCCUCCUUCCGCCUUACCAACUUGCUACAAACCUCAGGUUAUAAGUGUGUCUCAGACUACAGGUUCUACAGCUGAUUCACUGUCUUCUGUUCCGUCCAGUCCAUCCAGUCUGUCUGCUGCAAGUAGUCUUGACAACUUGUCUGGUAGUUUUUCUGAACUUCCUUCAGUUGUUGGUACAAACAGUGCAGAGGGAGCUACUGUUCUGGAGAAAAAAGAAGUUUCAGGUGUAGAUUUUAGCAUAAAUCAGUUUGUGCGGAACCUUGGCCUUGAACAUCUGAUAGACAUAUUUGAGAGAGAACAGGUAA